CUCUUCCCCACCCCGCCACCAUGACACACAAGAAAGACAAGAACGCCAGCCCCCAGCGCCAGAGCAAUGGCGGCGGCGUACAAGGAAAGCCCACUCCCACCUUCACUCAAUCUUGCUCAUGCCCCCACAGACUAUGCCAAGCUUAAGAAGGAAGGCACCGGUCUCGACUCGGAAGCAGUCAUCGACGAGGCCGGCAACAUCAAGAUCUUCCUGACACUCAAAAAGCCUCUUCCUGAGCUACCAGCAGACUAUGCUCUGCCAGUGGAAGAGUAUGCGCUUGAUCUGCGCCCCGAGGCACCACCGGUGGGGCCAAUGUACAUUGUCGUCUACCUAGUGGGUAGCAGAGGCGAUGUACAGCCAUAUCUGUCUCUGGCUCUCCGCCUCAUCUUAUCGCACGGACACCACGUGCGCAUCGCCACCCAUACCACCUUCAAAGACUUUGUCCUCUCUGCAACAAAGUUUCUCAAAGGCAAGACUGGCAAAGAUGGCGAGAGCUUGGAGGAGCAUCUUUCGUUCUUUGAUGUCGGGGGUGAUCCUCAUGAGCUCAUGGCGUACAUGGUGAAGAAUCCCGGACUACUGCCAGGCAUCGAGUCUCUCACGAAUGGUGACAUUGGGUCAAAACGCAAAAUGACGGGUCUUAUGCUCGAAAGGUUCUACGAAGCCACCUACAAGCCCGACCCUCUCACUCAAAAGCCCUUUGCAGCGGACGCUAUUCUGAGCAAUCCCCCCGCCUUUGCACAUAUCCAUGUGGCGGAGGCUUUGGGCAUACCUGUGCACCUAACAUUCACAAUGCCGUGGUCGCCGACGACUUCAUUCAGCCACCCCUUGGUCAAAGUGCAGCAAAGUAACGCUGAGCCAGGCCUCACAAAAUACCUCUCUUAUGCUUUUGCUGAGCAAAUGACAUGGCAAGGUCUCGGAGACGUCAUCAACAAAUGGCGCCGCCAGCAGCUCAACCUCGAUCCUCUCUUGGGACUCUCAGGGCCUUCAAUCCUGGAUCGGCUGAAGGUGCCUUGGACGUAUUGCUGGAGUGAUGAGUUCAUUGCAAAGCCAGACGAUUGGAAAGAGCACAUUGAUGUAUCGGGGUUCUACUUUAUGCCCAGUGAUGCCGAUUAUAAGCCGACUGCUGAGCUCAAACGAUUCCUGGCUGCCGGACCACCUCCCAUGUACAUAGGAUUUGGUUCAGUAGUGGUUGACGAUCCCCAGGCCAUGACAAGGACGAUAUUCGAAGCUGUUGAAUCCAGCAAGUUGAGAGCUAUCGUCAGUGCCGGUUGGGGCGGACUUGGCAACACCAAUGUCCCCGAAAGCGUCUAUAUAAUGAAAGAAAGUGUACCUCACGAUUGGCUUUUCGCAGAAGGAAGAGUAUCGAUGGUGUGUCAUCAUGGUGGCGCUGGGACAUGCGCUAUAGGUCUCAAAGAGGGAUUGCCCACCAUCAUCGUACCCUUCUUUGGGGAUCAACCCUUCUGGGGCGCCAUGGUCCACCAAGCCGGUGCUGGUCCCAGUCCUAUCAAGCCCAAGGACUUCAACGUGGAAACUCUCUCCUCGGCCAUCCGCUAUGCCCAAUCUCAAUCAGCCAUCACUGCCGCCCGCGCCAUUGCCUCCAAAAUUAGCGCCGACGACGGUGAAGCCAAGGGUGUCGAAUCUUUCCACAAGCACUUGCCCCUCCUUGCCAUGCGCUGCGACGUCGACCCCUCAAAGAUUGCAAUUUGGUGGUCUGAUGAUUUUUUUUUGCGAUUGUCGGCGGGCGUCGCAGCGGUGCUGGUGGAGCAAGAGAUGACGAGUUGGGAAAAGUUGAGACCGUAUAGGUCAAAAGAGUAUGAUACGAGAAAGGCGAUCACGGACCCUGUGAGCGGGGGAGCAACAGCUGUCUUGGAGAUUGUGGCGGAUGCUUCUGAAGGCGUCUUUCAGAUCUUUAGCACCAAACCGCAUCUUGGCAUAAUCAAAACAGCCACCAUAGCUCCACGUGCCAUUGUCACCGGUGUCCGACUCGUCCAUGAGGGCAUGGAGAACAUGCCCCGCCUCGUCGGGUCCAAAUCCCGACCCCAGGCCAAUGUGACAGAUACCAGCAGCGGGUUCCGUGAGGGCCUUCGAGGGUUUGCAUACGGAGUCGGAGAUGGCAUCAGUAGUCUUUUGACUGAACCGUUCCGAGGCGCAAAGGAGGAGGGGGCCGUGGGGUGGGUCAAGGGGAUGGGAAGGAGCUAUGUCAGUGUAGCUAUGCUGCCCGCCGCGGGGGCCCUUGGACUCGUCGCUUUGCCCAUGAAAGGGGCCUCUAAGUCGCUCCAUACCUUCAUGUACGGCCGCCAAGAAAAGGUACUCAAACCGCCUCGCCAGGCUAUCAGCAUCGAGCAAGGCUAUAAACUUCCGCCGGCAGAGAAGAAGAAAAUCUUGGAGUUGUAUAAAGAUGCGCUGGAAAGUGACGAGAUCAAGGAGCGGCAAAAGGUGAUGGAGAAGGUCGGAAAGUAAAAGUUCAAUGUGUGUGAUUUAACAUGUACUUUUAGCAUGUGCAAAAUCGACUAGGUCGUGGAAAGCGACAAGAUAUAAUAGCGUUGUAUGCUAAGGAUGUAUAGCGGAGGGGGCGGUCCAGAGAUAAAGACCAUAUUGGCGUUAGAUGCUUACCUGAUUUGACCCUUCAAAAGUUACCAAAGCAAAGGAAAAAGCUGGUUUGAUGACCUUGACAACUACC